GUCUUGUUCAAAUGUCGAGUGGCAGCAUUUUCUCCUUUGCUCGCCACCUGAAUACUGUGCUUUGUAUCGAGCAGUAAUACAUGCAAAAGAUCCCAGAGGCUAAUUGGAUAGAGAGCCAAGGUACCAGACUUUCAUCCACCAAUUGGCGUCACGCACAACCAGGGUCCAGACAACAUGUCGUGGAUUUUUGGUCAUAGCAAGACUUCUUACACACACCAUGCCUCGCCAAUCCCAUUGAUAACCAAGAACGGAACCAACACUUCUCUUCCAGAGAUCGCCCAAGCUUCGAUAGCACCAUGUCGCUUGAACCCGUUCUUGUUCAACGGACACCUCCAGACAAUGUUCACGGCAUGGAAGGAUCCCGGACCGCCAAUUUACUACAAGCGUCACAUCUACACAUCCAAUCACACUGUUUACCCUGGAACAUUCGCCGUAGACUUUGUGACUGGUAAAGAAGAGGGAGAAGCCGCGGCGAAAGAUUCCGAGCUACCAGAGCGUACCACCCUCUACUCUGACAAGGAAUGGGACCAUGUUCGCAGCGAUGACAACAAACCCAUGCUCAUCGCCCUCCAUGGCCUCACGGGCGGCAGCCACGAAGUCUACCUCCGCGAGACACUCGCACCCCUCACAGCAUCUGGCUGGGAAGCUUGUGUAGUCAACGGACGCGGCUGCGCCCUGUCCAAGAUCACUACGCCGCAACUAUUCAACGCAAGAGCAACCUGGGACGUCAGGCAAGUCAUUAACGAGCUGCGAGUCCUCUUCCCCAACAGGCCGCUCUACGCCGUUGGGUACUCACUCGGCGCCAACAUCCUCACGAACUAUUGCGGCGAGGAAGGCGACAAGUGCGUGCUCAAGGCUGCGGUGGCCAACUCCAACCCCUGGAACCUGGAGUUGUGCAACGUGGAGCUGAACAGGACAUACCUGGGCGUCCAUGUGUACUCGCGCACCAUGGGGAAGAAUCUGAUGGGCCUGUAUGAGCGACACAAGGAGCAGAUGCUGCAGAACCAGGAUAUAAAGUCUGAGUUGGUUGAGAAGUGCAAGUACCUUUACGAGUUCGAUAGACACGUGCAGUGUCCGACGUGGGGAUAUCCGACGGAGGGAGCGUAUUACAGGGACGCGCAGAGUGUGGAUGCUCUGGUUGCGGUUAGGAUACCGUUUUUGGGGAUCAAUGCUGAAGACGAUCCGAUAUCCUCCAAAGCUGCCAUUCCGUACGAAGAGUUCAAGCAGAACCCCUACACACUGCUAUGCACCACCGACUGGGGUGGUCAUCUUGGGUCCUUCCAGCUCGGAGGUGGCAGAUGGUUUGCAACGGCUACCGCAUCUUUCCUGAACAAAGUUCACAGCACCAUCGACCACGAAGUAUCCGGAGUUGAGCGCGAGGAAGACAAGGUCGACGCGCCCAACAAAGUGUAUCCCAUCUUUGAUCCCAACCAUAGACGACUGGUCCUGCCGGAGGCGUAGACGGCGAUUUAGACUUGCAUUGCGCGGAAUCGGGUAUCAUAGACUUGUAGACAUCGUAGACUCUUAGAACAGCUCACUACCCCCUCUUCAACCGAAGCUCACCCUCUUCUUGGGCUUGAACUUCCCAUCC